CAACCUCAGACGUUGCAGGAGGUUUGAAAAGUGAAAAACAUUAACAACAUUGACUCGAUGUCGGCCGAACCACCGCAGAAAAAGAAUAAGCCAGUGGACAGUUGCAGCCAGCCUUCCGGCAGCCAGAAUCGGGCCAGAAUGGAGGCGUUCGAAAAGCUACGUGUAGUACUGGGGCGUCACUAUUUCAAUGUUUGUCAGCGUUUGGCGCUUGAUUAUGUCCCUUCCUGUGUUCGCCACAUCGGCGAGUGUGCGACCCACCACGCCAACAAACGCGGCCCCCGAACCCGCUGCAUAAGUUCGAUGCGUCAGAGCAACGCACUGGAGCAAAUAGUGGAGCAACGUCCAGGUCAUUUCGUGGAGCUAAUUCACCAUGCGCUGAUGCGCCGUGAAUUCAUCGAGGCCAACCUGUUCGUGGCCGGUCUGCAGUUGAUACUGACUAUCAAUGAGCCUUCACAGGAGCUGGACGUUGACUACGAUGUGACGACGGUGCUAAAUGGAACGAUCGAUGUCCUGGAGAAAAGUCUGGACCGCUUCCCACCGUGCCGGUGGGAUCUGCGGACCGUUUAUAACGACGUGAUUUUCGGGCAUCUUGAUGCGCCGUGCUUCAGCAAGUGCGAUCAGCGGGAAGGUUUGGUCAAGAAUGUUCUGCAUUUGCUCGAACAAUACAUCGACCAGAAGCCGCCGGUUGAGCGAAAAAAACGUGGAGUCCGGCACGAUGAUCCUGCAGCUGACAUUUGCGCCACCUACAGUGCGUGGUACUUGAAUAAUCAGCAAAAGUACAACAUCGAUCUGCUGCCUCGCGAGGAUCGAUUUAGGCGACUGUUCAUGGUACUUCAGCUGUUGGUAAAGAUUUUGGAAAUGGACCUAGCUAUGUGGAUUUUGCGCAACCCAUUGAAAGCACGCCAAAACCUCUGCCACGCGUCACACUGUCCGUUGGUAGCGCAGCUGGUCUGGAACGGGGACACGGGCAGUGUCAACCUGUUUGUUCGAAAGCUUUUCCAAAUGUUCGUUAACAUAACCGCAUUGGAGUAUCCUGAUGAAGACAUUGUUGUCCUAGCGCGUUUGUUGAACCUCGUGAUGGUGGCGGUUAACGUGAGUGAGUUUCAACACAACGACGGUUUGAUUCAGUAUCCCUGCUUGAAGAAAAACAGUAACUACUUCGCAAAGCAGCUGUGGAGCACGAUAGAAUCGUCUGCGUACUACAGCGUGCGUCUCUGUCUCAACACGAUCCGCCUCGUUCGUGCACCGUUCCUGAAAUUAUCGCUCACGGAACACCUUAUCCGAAAGCUUCAAGGGCCUAGUCACCCAAUGAACGUUCAAGGUUUCUUUCAACAUCUCCUCGACCGUAACUGGGAAGAGUGUGGCGAUGAAGUGCCGAGUGACGGUUCCUCAUCGAGCGAUAGUACCGCGUAUGCUGUGUUUGAUCACCACAAAAAACGAACGAGAAGCAGUGAAAUCAGUAGCCAGCAGUACGUUGACGUGCUGUACAGUGGGUUCCGGGCAUACUGCGAUAUGUAUCAGGUUGCGAGUUACUUCCUGGAGCUAACGGUGAAACCGGACCAACAUUCCGAAAGCUACGAGCCACCAUCACCGAGCAAAGCAGCAUCUUCACAUUCGACAGGCGGUUCGUCUCGAACUCAGAUUGAAUGCGUUCCCGGUGACACGCGCAUCGUGACACGGCAGAAUAUCAACGAAAAAAUUAUAUUUCAUGAGGUGGAAGUAAACGAGGAACUGCUGCUGGCAUACCGAGAGGACAUCAAACACACUCUGUUGAUCGUGCAGCAACUCAAGAAAUUGAAAACAGCAAAAGAAAGAAGGCUUUUUCACAAUUGGAUCAACUACCUGUCGAGAGUGGAUGCCUCGCUUUAUGAUGUGGAUCCCAGUGAGUGA